AUGAUGUCGACGAGUCUCCACCAAUACGAGCAGUUUCCUCCACCAAUGCAGCAUCAACACCACUAUGCUGCCCAGCACAUGGGCCCUUCGCCGCUCGAUACAUUGGCCCAUACUUCACAGUACGCACUGCAGUUCCAUCAAAACCGACAUGUCCUUCAGCCGGGCAAGGGCCUCGUCAAGCCGCACCGCCUAUCCUACGCCAACGGACCUCUUGCUGCAGCUCCUCGCAGCCAACGUGAUGCGAUGCUCCACGAGCGGGCAGGACGAGGUGCUGCCGCUGCAGGACCAGUGCGACGCAGAAUCAGCCGAGCGUGUGAUCAGUGUAAUCAGUUGCGGACAAAGUGCGAUGGCAAGGCACCUUGCGCUCACUGUAUAGAAUUCGGUCUAUCAUGCGAGUACAUGCGCGAGCGCAAGAAGCGCGGAAAGGCAUCACGAAAGGACCUUGCUGCAGCAGCCGCUGCGGCAGUAGCAAAUGGCUCCGCUCCACCAUCUGGCGAAUCCACGUCCGGGAGCCCUCAAUCACGCGGGACUGUCCUUCCUGACGACCAGAAGGAAUCCUCACCGACUGUCGAGCUGCCCGAAGGCCAGCGACCUCUACCAGACUUGCCUCCACCCAACCUCCCACAGCCUGGGAGGUCCGCCAGCAUUGCCACGACCCGUGACAUAGAUAGCGCCGGCAUGUUUCAAGGUGUCAAUCCGGUAUCCCGGACCAUGAGCAUGAGCGCCAUCGACUCCAUCCCAGAGAAUCAAAUCAGCGAAAGCAUUCACCAUCCCAUGCAGCCACCGCGCAUUCAGACCCAAGGCUUGCCAAUGCACAACCACUCAAUUCCAGAAUAUGCCUCUAUGGACGACUACAACCGUGCGUACCAGCAACCUCACCAGAUGAUGCACCCCAUCAUUCCCUCCAACAUGCCAGAUUAUGCACAAAGUCCUUACGAGAUGAUGAGCCCACAGAGCGCACAAGGGACUGCAAACUCGUACAGGAUGGCCCAUGGCGAAUCUCCGUUGCCGGGCUACAUUACGACCUCACCUGUAACUGGAUCGCCAGGCUGGCUGUCACUGCCGUCUCCUUCUACGACUAUAUACCCGAAUGCACACCCACCGAGUUCCCAACAACUGCGAUACCCGGUUCUUGCGCCCCUGGUGCCUCAUCUGACGAACAUCAUGCCCGUAUCUCUUGCCUGUGAUUUGCUGGAGCUCUAUUUCCAGAGCUCCAGUACUGCUUUCAUGCAGCCCACAAGCCCGUAUGUGCUGUGUUACGUGUUCCAGAAAGAAUCGUUCUUGCGGCACAAUACCCCACGCGUGUGUAGCCCAGCACUACUCGCUAGCAUGCUCUGGAUCGGAUGUUUGACAAGCGAAUCGCCCUACCUAGCGUCGUCACCAUCCGCACGAAGUCAAUUAUCGGAGAAACUCAUCAACUUGACCAUUUCCCUCCUCAAGCCUUUAGUGCACCAAUCACAAGGUGAAGAUGCAAGUCCGACAUUCAGCUCCGGUGCAACAAUGAACAACUUUGGCAUCUCGACACAAGAUCCGGAACUAGGACUACCUGGCGAAGGUAUUUGGCAAAGAAGCUAUGCGGCUAGCUCUGCCGGCGCUCCAGGUGGCAUUGAUGAUGUCUGCACGUACGCUAACCUUGCAGUCGUCAUAAGCGCCAGCGAGUACAAGGCGGCGUCGCUGCGGUGGUGGAACGCUGCGUGGAGUUUGGCUAGGGAGUUGAAACUUAGCAAGGAGGUGCCGUUGACGCCACCGCCGGAGGAGAAUCCAGAUGCCCGAUCCGACCUUGACUCAGCACACGUUGGUGGCUCCUCGUCUGGACAGAACGCUCCAGCCAACCUCACCGAGGAGCAACGAGAAGAGCGACGUCGAGUUUGGUGGAUGCUGUACACCGUGGAUCGGCACCUGGCGUUAGCCUACAACAGGCCAUUAUCGCUACUCGAUAUCGAGUGCGGCGAUUUACAGACACCUGUUUCUGAUGAUGUAUGGCAAAAUCCGGCUCUCUUUGCAAACUCCGCUCAAUCAUUUUCAGAUCCUACCGUUCGACGAAGCACAGGACCCAUAUAUGAGUGCACUGGGACAUCCACAUUUGGAUUCUUUCUCCCUCUGAUGAGCAUAUUGGGCGAGAUUGUCGAAGUCCACCAUGCAAGAAAUCAUCCUAGAUUUGGUUCGAAGACCAACUGGGACGACCAUGCCGCAGAAAUCACCCGGCAGCUAGAGGCGUAUGGCCAUUCGCUUCGCGAGUUGAAGGCAAGAGCUAUCGCAGAGGCAAACGCAGAAGUUCAGGAACCCAUACACCCAGGCACACCAUCAGCUCGAUCAGUAAACUCUACGACAUCUAGAGCUCAGGAAUCGCUCAUGCGCGCGAGAAUCGUUGUCGCCUAUGGCACGCACAUCAUGCAUACUCUCCAUAUUCUACUGAACGGCAAAUGGGAUCCUAUCUCGUUGUUAGACGACAAUGAUCUCUGGAUAUCAUCCCAGAGCUUUAUCGACGCCACCGGACACGCUGUCGCCGCCGCCGAAGCACUCAACGAAAUUCUGGAACUCGAUCCUGAUCUCAGCUUCAUGCCGUUCUUCUUUGGAAUCUACCUCCUACAGGGGAGCUUCCUAUUGCUUCUCAUAGCCGACAAGUUGCAAGGCGAAGCCAACCCCAACGUCGUCAAAGCUUGCGAGACAAUCGUACGAGCGCAUGAAGCGUGCAUCGUCACCCUCAACACCGAGUACCAGAGAAAUUUCCGGAAGGUGAUGCGCUCGGCUUUGCAGCAGGUGCGGGGGCGCGGCAUGGACGAAAAUGCCGAGUUCGCGCAGCUGCGGCGUCGCGAAAUGCUCUGCCUGUACCGCUGGAGCGGCGACGGGACGGGUCUUGCGCUGUAG